GCGACUGUUGGGUUUGAAACCCUCUCUUCUCUACUGCAAUCAAUGACCCACGUCUUUUCAAAUUUCUCUCAAAGUUACACUCAACAACGUACACACAUUCUCUUUGUAUUUAUUCACUGAAAUGGUGCGUCUCUCUAGCAGUAUUCCAUCGAAGUGCCAUCCAGGAAGAGUUGACAGGGGUUGCUUGUUCUUCGAUUGGUUCUUCUCCCUCUGCUAGAAAGGAUUUCAGGAGAAUAAUUUUGCAACCAGAGUUUAAGAUGGCUUCCUUUGAUCCACCUGAGAAUCCGCCAGUCGUUGGACCUCCGAUGCAGCGCAAGAGACCCAGAAACGAUUUCCCUGGAAAAUCUAAACCAGAACCCGAAUUCCCUUUUAUAGAGGCUACUGUGAAACCAACUGUUGAAAGGAAAAGGUUUCCACCUGUAACGAUUUCAAAAACAGUUUCUAUCAACCGUGAAGUGCCUGCUGAGUAUAGUAAACGGAAUGUUGAUUCUGAUUCUGAUUCCGAAGCUGUAGCUAUGUUCAAGCGUUCAGGAAGUGCUAGUAAUGGUAAUAUGAAAGGAAAAAAAUAUCCUCCUCCAAGGAAUUUAAAAGAAUUUCCUGUUUCUCGUGAUUUUCCGUCAGGAUGUAUGAGCCAUUUUGCUUCCAGAAGCAGGAGAUCUCCUAAGAAGAUAAACAGUGAACGGAAUGUUGAUUCUAAUUCCGAAGAUGUAGUUGUGUUCAAGCCUUUAGGAGGUGCUAGUAAGGGUCCUGAUUUUGCUUCCACAAACAAGAGAUCUCCUCCUAAGCAGAUAAACAGUAAACAGAACGUUGAUUCUGAUUCCAAAGAUGUAGUUGUAUUCAAGCCUUCAGGAGGUGCGACAAAGGGUGUUAUAAAAGGGAGAGAAUAUCCUCCUCCAAGGAAUUUAAAAGGAUUUCCUGUUUUCCAAGGCUUUCCGUCACGAUGUACAAGUCAUUUUGCUUCCACAAUCAAGAGAUCUUCUAAGCAGAUGAACAAUGAUGCUUCCUCAAGUGGAGUCAAUGUGGACCCUUUGAGAAUUUAUGAUAAAUGUGGAGGAGCAGUGGAUAUUGUGUUAAAAGAGGAGUGUAGCAAGUGGGAUAAGCAAAAUGGGUGCCGUGAGAUGGUUGUUGCAAGCCAACAUUCUGGCGUUAGCAUCGAUACGAUUAAGAAUACUUUGAAGUUGUUCAGGGAAGUAUUAGCUAUGAUUAAGGAAUCCCGUGUUAAGAAUGGAAAUCAAAAGAACACCUACUUUGCUGCAGUGGAGUCCCUUCGGAAACAAAGAAAAUGUGUCAACACAACACGUCGCGAAGGACCUGUUUACGGGGUUGAAGUUGGUGACAUGUUUCAAUGCAGGGCUGAACUAUUCGUCAUUGGUCUUCACCGUCAGCUAUCAAAUGGUAUAGACAGCAUGAAAAUCGACGGAUGCUCAAUUGCCAUAAGUGUUGUUGCUUCUGGCCGUUACGACAAUGACAUGAGAUCUCCCGGUGUCUUGAUUUAUUCUGGAGAAGGUGGCAAUCCAAGGGUUAAAAAUAAAAAGCCAGUGGAUCAAAAACUGACCAGAGGUAACCUUGCAUUGAAUAACAGUAUAAGGGCCAAGAACUCUGUCAGGGUUAUUCGUUGCUACGAUCUGUCAAAACCAUCCACACAAGGUCUUAAGAAAAUCUUUGUCUAUGAUGGUUUGUACUAUGUGGAGAAAUGCAACCAAGAAAGGGGAGAAUUCGGCAAGCUUGUUUUCAAAUUCACAUUGAAAAAGUUUUCUGGGCAACCCGAGCUCCCUCUAGGUAUCCAUAAGUUGGGAGAUUUUUCAUUUGAAUAAUACCUUUGCACAAAGAAUAUUCACAACCCGUUCCGAGCUCACUAAAACACAGAAUACAGUCAUUUUUUGUUAUUACAAUAUGCUAGUAUAUGACCCCAGUUGGGGUUACUGAUUGACAAAAGAUAUUUUACUUAAUGUUACUGAUUGACAUUUAGAAGAAGAAAAGCUUUGUGCAUGCACUGGUGGUUGUUGCAUAUUUGUUUUCUUCAGGUCAUUGAA